CGUCAAGCCUACGACAAACACGCCCUCGACCACCGGCCAGCAGCAAACAAUUGCGCGCUCGCCCCGAAUCAAGCUGCCCACAUCGCUCCGAGCGAUUUGACCCCCGCACUAGGUCCGCCGCCGCACCUCGCGCACGAGGCUCCGCCGACGCCAUGGCAGCGCGAAAGCUCCAGCAGGAAAUCGACAAGUGCUUCAAGAAGGUCGCCGAGGGCGUGGCGACCUUCGAGAGCAUCCACGAGAAGAUACAGCAGACAACAAACCAGUCACAGAAAGAGAAGCUGGAGGACUCGCUGAAAAAGGAGAUCAAGAAGCUCCAGCGGUCGCGAGACCAGAUCAAGACAUGGGCCACCAUGAGCGACAUCAAGGACAAGAAGCCGCUGCUCGACCAGCGGAAGCUAAUAGAAACACAAAUGGAGAGGUUCAAGGCGGUCGAGAAGGAAAUGAAGACGAAGGCAUAUUCGAAAGAAGGCCUGCAAUUAGCAUCGAAGCUCGACCCGAAAGACAAGGAGAAGAUGGACACCGUGGAGUUCCUACAGCACAUGAACGAAGAGCUGGAGCGGCAGGUGGAGACGAUCGAGGCAGAGAUGGAAGUGCUGCAGGCCACCAUGAAGCGGAAGAAGGACAGCGCCAAGGCGGAUCGGAUAUCGGAGCUAGAAGAGACGGCAGAACGGCAUAAAUGGCAUCAGAAUAAGCUAGAAUUGCUGCAGCGAGCGCUGGAGAACAGUAAUGUCGAGACAGAACAGGUCAGAGAGCUGGAGGAGAGCAUUCGAUACUAUGUCGAGAGCAACCAGGAACCCGACUUUAUGGAAGACGACACCAUCUACGACGACAUCAAUCUGCAAGAGGAGGAGGCCAUCUUCGGCCUGGGACAGGACAUGGACCGGGUGUCGUCACAGGACACUCAGUCAAUACAGGACGACGUCGCGGAGGUAGAAGGCCGGCCAUCGAUAUCCGGCGCGAAGGGAAAGUCCGCAGACGCCUCACAAACAGGAACACGCAGACCGUCAACACAGCUCAAGUCCCCGCUGCCCGCACUGGCUACGCUACACACACCGUUACCUGGUGUCUCGAACUCUGCAGCCAAUUCCAUGAAGCCUGCCCCACUGCCAACACGAACACCAGGUGAACCAUUAAAGUACGCCUCGGCGGCCGCGGCGGCAGCCGCAAGCGAUAAGAACGGGGUCGGCAUCGCACCACUGCCACCACCACCGGGAGCUGUUGCGGCACAGGGAGCACUAGCUCCGGCCGGCGCACGGACAAGCGCAACAACGUCCCCGGCCCCCUCGCAUCCCCAGCCGGCAUCACGGCCUCAAACAACGAGUGCCGACUCCGCGCAGCAAGUGCAGACGACAAAAUCUCCGGCACCAACUGUCAGCGUUCCAGCCACCGUCGCCCCGGAGAAGGAAGCGCUGUCACGUGCCGCCUCAUCAGACGAUGCAAGCCGGUCUAGCAGAAAGGCGUCGGCCCCCGAACGUGUCGAAGAGGAAGGAUCGCAAUCAGCCACCCCACCAUUGACCAAUGGCGAGUCGCACGUCGAAGACGAGGAAGAGGAGUCGGUCUACCACCUCCCGUCAAGCUUGCAGGAUCUCCUUGAAUCGUUCGAAGCUACUAAGAACGACAUUACUGCCUCGUCAUCCAAGCCCCCGGAUGAGCGCAUGCUCGCCGCAUCGAUGGCCACUGCACCCGAUUCCGCCGACACGGAGGCUCCAAGACACUAUCGACCACAGAAUCCCUACCCAUACACACCCUCUCACUAUCCGCAAGAGCCGCUGGCUAUUUUCGACGACCCUCGCUUGUACUCGCGCAUUGAGACAGACGCUCUGUUCUAUGCGUUCUACUACCGCCAAGGGACAUACCAACAGUAUCUCGCCGCCAAGGCGUUGAAAUCUCAGAGCUGGAGGUUCCACAAGCAGUAUCAAACGUGGUUCCAACGUCACGAGGAACCCAAGGCUAUUACUGAGGAUUAUGAGCAGGGAACAUACAGGUUCUUCGACUAUGAGAGCACGUGGAUGAAUCGUCGGAAAGCUGAUUUCAGGUUCGCCUACAAGUUCUUGGAAGACGAACUCUGAGCGUCCGCACGACGUGUCCCGGCAAAGCUAGUUUCGAAUGACGGUAGUGCAAUUAUGUAUGAGGUAUUAAGUAGUCAGUCAAUUGGGCCCUCCUGGGCAGUUCUCCGAUGCGCAUGCACUCCGUGGCCCUUCACAAAUGACAUG